GCGCACCCUGCAGCAGACUGUAAACAGCACCCCGCGGACUCCUUUAACCCAGAGGGCUUUACACAUCAUCUUGAGCUCCCAUUCAUAUAUUUGUCUUUCUGAGGAUGAGCAGUAAAAUGAAGUUCGUCCGCUCUCUGAUGAAGACUGCAGCGCUGGCCAACGUGCCCAAACACAUCGACCAUUACUCCAAGUUCUCCCCUUCUCCUCUCUCGAUGAAGCAGUUCCUGGAUUUCGGUUCCACCAAUGCCUGCGAGCGCACGUCGUUUGUCUUCCUUCGCCAGGAGCUUCCCGUCCGUUUGUCCAACAUCAUGAAGGAGAUCAACCUGCUGCCGGACCGGCUGCUGGCCACGCCCUCCGUCCACCUGGUCCAGAGCUGGUACAUCCAGAGCCUGAUGGAGAUCUUGGAGUUCCUGGACAAGAACCCCGAUGACCAGAGUGUCCUAGAGACGUUUGUGGAGGUCUUGGAGGACAUCAGGAACCGGCACAACGAGGUGGUCCCCACCAUGGCUCAGGGAAUAAUUGAGUACAAAGAUGCCUUCGGCCAGCAGGAUACCGUUACUGACCACAACAUCCAGUACUUCCUGGACCGUUUCUACACCAGCCGCAUCUCCAUCCGUAUGCUCAUCAACCAGCACACUCUCGUGUUCAACGGCAACAUAAACCCCGCCCAUCCCAACACCAUUGGCUGCAUUGACUCCAAAUGUGACGUGACAGAGGUGGCACGAGAUGCCUACGAGAGUGCUAAGUUGCUGUGUGAGCAGUAUUACCUCGGAGCACCAGAGCUGGAGCUCAGGCAGAUGAAUGCCAACAACAUCAGAGAGUCCAUCCAUAUCUCAUACAUCCCAUCUCACCUGUAUCACAUGCUGUUUGAACUCUUCAAGAACGCCAUGAGAGCAACUAUUGAGACCCAUGAGGCCAGCAGGACCCUCCCACCCAUCAAAGUCAUGGUUGCCCUUGGUGGAGAGGACCUGUCAAUCAAGAUGAGCGACAGAGGAGGCGGCGUUCCCUUCAGGAAGACAGAGCGUCUGUUCAGCUACAUGUACUCCACAGCCCCCAGACCCUCCAUAGGAGACAGACACAGAGCCCCACUGGCAGGGUUUGGCUAUGGUCUGCCCAUUUCUCGUCUCUACGCACGCUACUUCCAGGGAGACUUACAGCUCUACUCUAUGGAGGGUUACGGCACUGACGCUGUCAUACAACUGAAGGCAUUGUCCACAGACUCAGUGGAGAGGCUGCCGGUUUUUAACAAGACCGCUUUGCGUCACUACAAGCUGAGUUUGGAGGCAGAUGAUUGGUGCGUUCCGUCCAGGGAGCCGCUGGACCUGGCCAUCUACCGCGCCGCCAAGUGAUUGAGUCAUGACCUGACAUGACUUUUGACACAAACUCCUACAAGCUGACCAUAAAAUGUCCUUUAAAAGCAGGGCAUUGUGGGACCAGAACUAUUACGGCGAUGAAAGUGACCAAUUGUGGCCAAAGAGAUCAAAGAGAAGGCCGAGCAUCGGCGUCCCAGUUGGCUGGGAACUUCCUUGAUUGGAGCGAGCGCCUUCUUCCUGUAUCUCCUCCUGCUUUCUUUACAUGUGUGCUAUAGAUCAACGGAGAGAAGAACAAGGUUGACAUUGUGAGUCAAGAUGGCGGACAGUCAAAGAUGCAGCGGUAGAAAUUCAGAAAGAGAGAAAGAGAGCGAGAUGGAGAAGUAAAUUGAACGGAUGGUAGCCCUAAAAAAAAAAAAGGACAAAUAUGGAUAAUCAAUAUUGGGCUUACAUUUAUUGAUGAAUUGCUGGUAAGUCACAUCUGAUGAGUUCACUAUUAUCUGUACCUGUUCAACGAACAAAUGUAUCAGGAUACUAUCUGUACUCAGAAUGGGCGGGGCUUAAACCAGACAGGCAGAAGUGGGCGGGACUAACUGGAAGUUGUUGAAAAUGGCUGAAAAUGAUAUGGGAUCAUCAGAAGUUGCUAUAUUUAUUAGAAGAUUAUUUACAGAACUGCCUCAGAGUUAAGCUUCACAGCAAUGUUUUUAAUCAAUUGAUUUAAAAAAAAAAAGUUGCUAUAGUUACAAGUCCAGAUGUUGACCCUUUUUUCUCGUGGUACUGGUAAAAAGUACUUUAUCUGUACCAGAUACUCAUUUCAACUAAGCACUUGCUCAACAAUAAUGACAAUGGGUUUGAGCUAAUGUUAGCUUCGCAGACUAGCUGCUUCAUAACCCCGAAUGCUGGACAUCUAGAUUCAGAACUUUUAAUAGUUCAACCAGGAGAUUCCAACAGCUGCCAGCUCUCUGUCAUUUACAAUCAACAUGAGCUAGCCUAUAGUUAGCAGCUAAUUGUCUGUUUCUUAAGACAAUGCUAAAGUAAGCUGUGUUAAAAUUGUGGCUGUCACGCUAAGAAAAUUGUGAAUUCGACUUCAGCCCUGAAGGCUGUGAAGAGACUGUUUCAUUUUAUAAACAGUUAACGUGUGACCGUUUCAACCCAUGUCAACAUUUGGUUCGAAGCCGCUGAUUUGGAACAAAACUAUCAAAGAAACACAAGUUCUAGCUAAUUGGCUAAUGUACAAAGAUGUUGAGGUACUUUUGUCUUUUUACGGCGUCCGUUUCCUUUGAGCCUACAUCAUUGCUAGUAGUAAUAACAGCUGACUGAUCCAAGCAGCAGUACGACGUUGAGAAGAAGGGAAGAGGAUCGUAGAAUGUUUUGAGAGUAUUUAGCUAAGUCUAGAACAAAAUGUCUUCCAGCUUGAUAUUAUUCCAACGCUAACCUCACAUGGAAACACAUUUCACACAAAUGCUAGCAACCAUUUUUGCUAUUUGUAUUUUUUAGUGUUUAUCAGGUCUUUAAGGUUUCGAAAUGCCAGCGGAAGGUUUUCCUCAAUAAGUGCAUGACGUUGACUGAGAAGUGUGUUUUUUCUUUUGCUGCAAGAAUCAGAACAUUUCCUUUCUAUGCAAAUGUGUUUGUUGUUUUACUUUUUGUCUUGAACAAACUGUAAGUGAAUAUUCUCUUAAAUUCCUGCGUUGUGGCCUAAUUUAAGAUGCAGAACAAACAUGUUCAGCUGCUCGGUUACUGACAAUGAACAAGGAUUAAGGAUUAUUUGGUUAGAGUUUAGCAGGUACUGUAACACUGUCAAAGAGUCAUGUAAACUUGUCGUCUAUUGACAGUUCUAGUUAUCCAUUAAUUUGCUGUGGAAGAUUGAGUGUGGAAGCUUGUGGAAGACCUGCAAUGGGUCCAAACUGCGAUAACUGCCUGUUAUUCUGCAUAUUGUGAUUCACUGUGUGUAUGUGUGACCCAGACACUGUGUUACUGUGUCAUUUGAAGUGCCCGUAUUCUAUUGUAUAUUUGAAGUGAACUGUUCAUAUUGAAGGACAUCUAUUUUUUAUAAAGAAAAGUUUUGAAAUUAAAUAAAAACAAACUUGAAAUGAA